AGCAUGCAUCGGCAGGAGAGCUCCGUUGGGAUCUAUCUUGUGCUUUUUGUCUUGGAGUAUAACUGGGGAGCGGUAUCCGGGCAGCUCUCCUAUUCCGUUUCGGAGGAGGUAAACCUAGGGACUUCGGUCGGAAACCUCGCAAAGGAUCUCAAUCUGAAUGUGCAGGAUUUGGAGUCACGUAUGUUUCAAAUCGUUGCUGGGUCUAAGAGGAAGUAUUUUGAUGUAAAUUUAAAGUCUGGUAUUCUCUUUGUCAGUGAACGAAUAGACCGAGAGGAGCUCUGUACCAAAGCUGCAAAAUGCACAAUAAAUGUAGAGGCAGUGAUAAACAGCCCACUGAAACUUUACCGUAUUGAGGUUAAUAUACUUGACGUUAAUGAUAAUCCCCCGUCUUUUAGUGCUAAAUCACAAACUAUUGAUAUAGCAGAGAGUGUUUUACCGGGAGCUAGAUUCCCUGUGCUAUCGGCUUACGACGCCGACGUGGGGAAAAAUGCUAUCAACACAUACAAGCUUAAUAGCAAUGAAUACUUCUCUCUUGCUGUGCACAAAGGAGAGAGUGUGUCAGCUGAGUUGGUCCUUCAGAAACCAUUAGACCGAGAAAAACAGGCUUUAAUCAAACUCACUCUCACCGCUGUUGACGGAGGAACACCACCAAAAUCAGGCACUUCAGAAAUUAUUAUCAAUGUUCUGGAUAACAAUGAUAAUAUCCCAGUCUUUACGAAAACAUUGUAUAAAACAAGUAUUACAGAAAAUGCACCAAUUGGAAGCACAGUGGUAACAGUCACAGCAACUGACGCUGAUGAGGGAACAAACAAAGACAUCGUAUAUUUCCUAAACACUAAAGACCAAGACCAUGUCUUAGACAUGUUUGAAAUUGAUCCAGAGACAGGAAUAAUAACUGUGAAAGGAAAAAUAGACUUUGAAAAGAACCCUGCCUUUGAAAUUCGGGUUCAGGCUGCUGACAAAGGCCAGCCUCCAUUAACAGCGCAGUGUAAAGUACUAGUCGAGGUGGUGGAUCUGAAUGACAAUGCACCUGACAUCACAGUGACGUCUCUGUUCAGUACAGUGAGGGAGGACGCUGAAAUCGGCACUGCCGUCGCACUUGUUUCUGUUCUUGACAGAGAUGGGGGUAAAAAUGGUGAAGUCAGUUGUGAAAUAAUAGAUUCAGUUCCCUUUAAAUUAGAGAUCAAUUAUAAAAAUUACUAUUCACUACUUAUUGGUGAAGCUCUAGACAGGGAACUCAUUUCAAACUACAAUAUCACUAUAAGAGCAACGGAUGAAGGUAAGCCUCCUCUCUCUAACACUACUAUGGUUCUUAUUCAAGUUUCUGAUGUGAACGACAACUCACCUCUAUUUUCAGAAACAAUCAUUAAUAUGUAUGUGGAAGAAAACAGUCCAGUGGGGAAGGUGUUAAAAACGGUAUCCGCAACUGAUGCUGAUGUUAGUGAAAAUGGCCAAAUCAGCUAUUCAUUAAUAGGUGAUAAAAACGUACUGCCUUUAUCUACAAUGAUUAACAUCAACUCAGAGACUGGAGAUAUAGUCAGCCUGCAGUCUUUUAACUAUGAGGAGUUAAAAACAUUUCAGUUCAAAGUUCAGGCCACAGACUCUGGUGUUCCUCCGCUCAGUAGCAACGUGACUGUGAACGUUUUGAUCCUGGACGAGAAUGACAACAAUCCAAAUAUUCUCGCGCCCUAUUCUGAGCACGGCUCCGUUAACAGUGAGAGCAUCCCCUAUUCUGCUGAAGCGGGAUACUUUGUGGCAAAGAUCAGGGCUGUAGACGCUGACUCUGGAUACAACGCGAUGCUUUCUUAUCACUUUGAGCCCAAAGGAAACAACCUCUUCCGGAUCGGAACCAGCACCGGAGAAAUCAGGACUAAGAGGAGGAUGAGUGACAAUGACCUGAAAACUCACCCCUUGGUGGUGUCAGUCUCUGAUAACGGAGAACCCUCCCUGUCAGCUACUGUGUCUAUUGAUGUGGUGGUGGUUGAGAACGCAGCUGACAUCCAGACUCAGUUCAGACAUGUGACCAUAAAGGAGGAGAGCUUCUCUUCUUUGAACCUCUAUCUGCUCAUCGGCAUUGUGGCAGUGUCAGCCAUCUUCCUGCUCAGCCUCAUCACUUUAAUAGCUGUCAAAUGUCACAGGACAGACGGCUCCUUCAGCAGGUACGGGGCCCCAAUGAUCACUACCCAUCCUGACGGGAGCUGGUCCUACUCCAAAUCUACUCAGCAGUAUGACGUGUGUUUCAGCUCAGACACACUCAAGAGUGACGUAGUGGUUUUCCCCGCCCCGUAUCCACCUAUAGAUGGUGAACUCAUCAGUAUCAAUGGAGGAGACACUUAUACCAGAACUCAGACUUUACCAAAUAAAGAAAAGGUAAGGAGUUACCAAUUUUAUUAA